AUGCUGAAAAGCAAAAUCCACAGCCUGGAAAGGAUUUCAUCGUCGUCGUCAGUUGUCUUUAAGAUUUUGAAGAGUCGUAAUAUUGCUACUACUACUGGUAGUAGCAGCAGCAAUGGAGUUCCAAAAGAGAAGGUAGAUUGCGUGGUGAUAGGGGCAGGUGUGGUGGGAUUAGCAGUAGCGAGAGAGCUUAGUUUAAAGGGCAGAGAGGUGUUGGUGUUAGAAUCAGCUUCCACCUUCGGCACUGGCACAAGUUCCCGCAACAGCGAGGUCAUCCAUGCCGGCAUCUACUAUCCUCCCAAUUCUCUCAAGGCAAUCUUAUGUGUAAGAGGAAGAGAAUUGCUUUACAAAUAUUGCUCUGAACACAAUAUCCCUCAUAACCAAAUUGGUAAACUUAUAGUAGCAACAGGACCUUCAGAGAUUCCAAAGUUGCAUAAUCUAAUGAAUAACGGGAUAAAAAAUGGGGUUGGUGGUUUGGUUAUGAUGGAAGGUUCAGAAGCUACGAGGAUGGAACCCGAAUUGCGAUGCUUGAAAGCCUUACUAUCACCAGUUUCUGGGAUUGUUGAUACGCAUUCCUUGAUGCUGUCUUUGGUGGGUGAAGCUGAAAAUCAUGGCACAACCUUCUCCUAUAAUACUACAGUUAUUGGCGGCCAUAUUGAAGAAAAUCGCCUAUGCCUUCAUAUUUCUGAAACAAGACAUCUUGAAAAUUGGAAUGGAAAAUUUCCAUUGCAACCAGAGAUGGUACUCAUUCCUAAGCUUGUAGUGAACUCUGCUGGCUUGAGUGCCCCUGUCCUUGCAAAGCGAUUUGAUGGCCUCCGUAGUGCAGUUAUUCCUCCUGCCUAUUAUGCUCGCGGUUGCUACUUCACGCUAUCAAAUACUACAAUUUGUCCUUUCAAACAUUUGAUUUAUCCUUUACCAGAGGAUGGUGGCAUUGGUGUGCAUGUUACUCUGGAUUUGAAUGGUCAGGUCAAGUUUGGCCCCAAUGUAGAAUGGAUUGAUGGUAUUGAUGACGUUUCAAGCUUCCUAAACAAGUUUGACUAUUCUGUAUGUACGAAUCAUGCAAAGCUAUUUUACCCAGAGAUAAGGAAGUACUACCCAAAUCUAAAAGAUGGGUCUCUCGAUCCAGGUUAUGCAGGGAUUCGACCAAAGCUUUCAGGUCCUCGACAGUCUCCAGUUGAUUUUGUGAUACAGGGCGAGGACAUUCAUGGGAUAACUGGCCUUGUUAACCUUUUUGGUAUUGAGUCACCUGGUUUAACUUCAAGCAUGGGAGUUGCAGAACACAUAGCAACCAGAUUCUUCAGAUGUUAA